AUGGGCUCAAUUGAAGAAGUAACUACGGCCGUUGGGGGCAAUACAGAGGACGUUGCUCGAGGCGUCUUUGUAUCGACGGACGGCGACUGGGUCUAUCCCCAUCCUACAGACUUCAAGAUCAGCGAGCAUCCUAUUGAUGAGGUGAAGAAGUUGAAGAUCGCGGUCAUUGGCGCAGGACUGGCUGGCAUUACUGCAGGCGCUUUACUGCCCGCCAAAGUACCUGGAAUCGACUUGACAAUAUUAGAGAAGAACUCUGACGUUGGCGGAACCUGGCACGAGAAUAUCUAUCCAGGCGUUCGAUGCGACAUUCCAGCCCAUGUCUAUCAAGCCACGUUCUCACCCAACACGCAAUGGAGCGAGCAGUACGCCCAAGGUCCCGAGAUCCUGGCUUACUGGAAGUCUGUCGCCAGGAAGUACAACGUCUACGACAAGAUCCGAUUCAACACGAAGGUUCUAGGUAGCUUCUGGAAUGAGAGCGAGGCCAAGUGGCGAAUCGAGACCGAAGACCUUAAAAGUGGCAAUCGAACCGACGAACAAUUCGACUUCGUUAUCACCGCCAUCGGUCACUUCAAUGAUUGGAAGCUGCCAGACUACCCGGGAAUCGACGAGUUCAAGGGGCAUAUCCGCCACUCUUCGAACUGGGAUCCGAAGUUCGAUCCGAAAGGCAAGCGGAUUGCCACUAUCGGGAACGGUGCUUCUGGCAUUCAAGUCACUACCGCGCUUCAAAAGGUCGCUAGCCAUGUCGACCACUACGCUCGCAACAAGACAUGGAUAGCAGGAUCUGUUAGGUUCAACCCAGCGGUCAAAGAUCGCCAGGACACGCCGAUGCUGUUCUCGCCCGAGGAACUCGCAUCAUUCAAAGACCCGAGCGCUUACUUGCGUUACCGGAAGGAACUAGAAGACAAUUUUUUUCGUGGCUUCGAUGCCCAACUCAUUGGGUCGGAGACUAGUCAGAACGCCACGAAGAACUUCAUCGAAAUGAUGCGAAAGAGACUUGUUUCACGGGAGGAGUUGUUGGAGAAUUUGAUUCCGGAUUUUCCGCCGCACUGCAGACGCCUUACACCGGGUCCAGGAUACCUCGAGGCUUUGACCGCCCCCAAUCUGACGUUCAUACAGACCCCUAUAGAACGGUUCACCGCAGACGGCAUUGUAACAGUGGACGGAGUACAUCGUAAUGUUGACGCCAUCAUCUGCUCGACGGGAGCCAAUGUCGACUAUGCACCACCCUUCCCAGUUCAAUCCGGCGACGGUUACGACCUGUCCGUUGACUGGAAGCAUGACGGCAAAUUCGGCUGGCCAUACUCGUACCUUGGUCUUUGCGCUCCGCACUUCCCCAACAUCGCCUUCCUGCUCGGACCAAAUCCCGCUGGGCCAUCCGGCACAGUACCGCAUGCUGUUGAGACACAGGUCACGUACAUCGCCAAAAUGCUUCGCAAGAUGUCGUCUGAACGAAUACGCACCAUGACGCCGCAAAAGUCAGCAACGGACGAAUUCGUGGAGUAUUGUGACUCGUUCUUCCCGCGUACGAACCUCAGCCUGAAAUGCAGCUCGUGGUCGAACGGUCGAAGACCGGGUGCGAAAAUCCAUGGACACUGGCCCGGGAGCGGCUCGCAUGUCAAUCACGUCCGCAGGAAUCCGAGAUGGGAAGAUUUCGAGUACACCUACGAUCGACCGGAGAAUCGCUUUGCUUACUUUGGCAACGGCACAACGAAGAAGGAAUAUGACGCCGGUAGUGACUUGACAUCCUACCUUAGACUUGACUCUGCGAACGAUCUGAGGGAUCUUCAUGAGCGGUGGUGGGAUCUUUAG